CUGAAUAACACUCCUUCCCUCGUUUGUUUGCGAUUGUCAAUCCCUACCGCAUUUUACAACGCGCAUUCUUGGUUUGCAAAUAGGACACGCAUAGAUCAGCCCUAUAUCGUACUGCGGAUGUUAUAUACAUCUCUCUGUUCAUCGUUUGAGAGCACAUUUUCCCAGUAUUGACAAUGAAUGAAGACCAUGAACUUGCAGCAGGACCAGGGAAGAAGGAAUGGCCAGAGCUUCUUCGCAAGCUUGCGGUUGAUGCCAGAGAUGCUAUACUACAAGACAACCCCAACCUAAAGGUAUUUGCUAUGCCUGCGGGCUCAUCUGUGACGGAAGCCACCUGUUGGAACAGAGUCAGGAUAUAUGUACAGGACGAUGGAACCGUCGCUGCCAUUCCCAGGAUUGGCUAAAGCAAGGGGUUUAUCUACACCUGAUCUGAAGCCAAUAUUCGCACCUGCCUGCAGCAACUGUUUUUACAAAUUUCAAAAACGGAAGUAAAUGAAUCCCAGUUUAUGGGAAUAUAUUAAUAAACAAGUACUUUUAUGGCCUUGAAGAAAUGUCCCUUUAUUUCGAAUAAACGGGUAGUAUAUGCUCAAGCUAUUGCAUUGAAUGCAGCCGUGCACUGCAAAUAUCAAAACAGGUUGACUUGAAGAAAAUAAGUAUUUUCCAAAAUUUAAUUUUGAACCAAAUAACCAGUUUUACCCAAUUGAAUGAACAGCCUGCCAAGGUCGCUUAGUUUAGAGUAUGGCAUAUUCCUGCUUUAUCUCAUGCAGAGACAUCACCAUUGUGUUUACGCCCCCACAUGAAGGUGUAUGUGUGUUAGAUGUAUCUUACUUUACAUAACAAGACAUAGCUCGCCUUAGCUUUUAGUUACGAUGUGCGAAGUAGAUGUCCUAUCUUUACUCCUCCUCAGAAGAAGCGCACACGAAAGACACUAACACAUUGUGGGUAUGGAAUCCAUGAAUAAAAUGUAUUCAUUUGUA